UUUUGUUAGUGGUUUGUAGCCGUACAAAUCAAAAGAAAGAUGGCGGAUGCAUGGGUCGCCGAUUGAAAAAAAUAAUAAAAGACCCCCAAUGAUUUAGGCGUUCAUUUUUUUUUAUACAAGCAUCACAAGAAAUGCUUAAUCAACGCUGAGAAAAAUUUGCCUUCUUAACAAUCACAAGCAGCCAGUUCUAAUUGAUCAACCCUAAGCGCGGACAAUGGCCACUGGAGACCUGGAUGUUAUCAAGGAGGUUCCAGGCUACAAGGUUAUACUGAAGGCUGUGGUCCGCAGCCAGAUACAACAGCUGAUAGACCAGCUGGCUGCCUAUACAAAUGAGGAGUCUAUCAUCCUGACGGCUAGCGUGGCGGAUGGAACGCUCAGUCACAUUGGGUCGGAGUCGGGCAAGUCUUUCCUCAGCGAUAACGAGGAAGUCAAGUCACAGUUCCUAGGCUUCUGUCUCAAACAUCAUCACUUGAAGCAGCAGAAGGAGAAGGAGACUGCGCGCCAGGCGGCCGAGGAGAGGAUCCAGAGGGAGCAACAGGAGAGACUGCAGCAGAUGAUGGCUGCGCAGGCUUACCAGAGUCCCCCGUCUCUCCUGCAGGGCCCCACCCAGCUCUACGGGGUGCCAAGGCAACCAGCGCCACGGCAACCAGGCUAUGGCCAGGGGCAGGGUCGGUUCUCAGGGGCCAGGCACGAACCUUACCCUAUUGGCCGGCCCGUGCGUAAGCCACGUCCUGUGGGGACUGGUCAGACUCCAAGUCAGGAUCAACAGGUUCAGCAAGGAGGUGAUGAGAACGUGGGUGAUGUUGUGAAUGUCAAGGCAGAGCCUGGUGAUGAUCCUUGUGGCACUGUCAGUGUGUCCAGUCAGAUUGCCAAUGGGAAUAAGGGGAAUGAUUCUGUGCCGUGUUCACCUGCGAGAAAGGACAGUGAGAGGCUUAGCAGCUCUCACGAGGACUAUGAUGGCGUAGGGGACAGCGAUGGGGCCGAGGCUUCUAAUCUCACAGGGGAUGAUCAGGGGUUAAAGAAAUCUGAGCUAGACACCUCUGUGACUUUGAAACUGGAAGAGUUAACUGACACUGACCUUGAUCUUGAAAUCACUGGUGUGGAGCCUGGCAGGGUCCCUGAACAGCAGGGCUGGGACCCUGGUGUUUCCAUGGCGAUGAACUUUGACCUCCCAGGUGCUAUUGGUUCCCCGACAGAAGCGAUGAACAAGCAGGGAUACAAUGCAUCCAAGUGUCAUGUGUGUGACGCAUGUUUCAAGAGCUUCCCGUCAAAGUAUCAACUGAAACGUCAUUACCGCAUUCACACAGGGGAAAAACCUUACGUCUGCAAAUUUUGUCAAAAGAAGUUUACAGUGAUGUGUAACCUCAAAACCCACAUUGUGGCUGUACAUAGUGACAUGCUGAUCAUGAAAUCAUGAUGAAAGCUGUUGAUAAAACCUUACCUUUGAACUAUUGACAAAGGUCAGGGUUUGAGUAAAAACUUUUUGAUGUAUACCCAUAUGCUCACAGCUGGUUGCAAUUGUAUGUAGUAUUUUAUCAAAACCAUAGCAUUCAAUAACUUACUGUGUUCAGCUCUUUAAAGUACAUUUCGUCCUUAUUAGUUUUACUCCAGUUAUCAAUAUCAGUUGUCAUAUUUCCUAUUUUACCUAUUUCUGGCAUUAAAUAUUGAUGUUCAGUUUACUAGGAGAAUUUAAUUUAAAUAUUUUUCUUCAAGCGCCUGUCCAUCAAAGAAAAAGACAAUACAUGUACAUUCAUCAGUUUGAAUGCUUUCAAAUGAAUGUAAGUUCACUAUAAACUCUUUAGUUUGUUAAAAAAAAAUAAAAAUUAUGUUUAUUCAAUUUGUGCAAAAUGAAUAUUAAGGUUUCUGUACUCUUAGUACCAAUCUAAUAUGCACAUUUUAUUUACACUGUUGGAAUCACAAACAAAGGCACGUAUAGAAAAUAUACAAUUAAAGAUAACAGGAUUGUGUACUAUGUAUAAAAUACAAUAUAAUUGUGUACUAUGUUUAAAAUACAACAUGUACUAUGCUUAAAAUACAACAUUAUGUACUCUGUUUAAAAUACAACAUAAUGUACUAUGUUUAAAAUACAACAUUGUGUACUAUGUUUAAAAUGCAACAUUGUGUACUAUGUUUAAAAUGCAACAUUGUGUACUAUGUGUAAAAAAACACAAUAUGUAUUAUGUUUAACCCUUUCCCACUCAGAAGCAAAGUAAAAAUGGCUCUGUGCAAACAGCAUAAAGCCAGCCCAGCCUGCGAGUAACUCACAGUCUGUUCAGGGUUAUGCUGUUUGCUGCUCAUCAGAAACUAAGGGUUGGAAAUGAAGCCUUUAAAACUUGAAUACAGUAAGAAAGGUCUUAAAUUAAACGUAAGUAUCUAAGGGGCUACAAAUACGUAACAAAGUGUCUAAGUGGAAAAGGGUUACAAUUUCUUUUUGUUAAUUGAUAAUCACCUAUGAAAGUCGUUGCAAAAAUGUAUUGCUUUGUAAUAUGCAUAUUGCUUACAUAGCAUUUAAAAAGCAUUUAUGAGUUACCGUAAUUACUUAAUGUUUUCGGACACUCUAAGUUUUCGGACACCCCCUUUUUUAGAAAAAAUAAUUAUUUUUCGUGACUCUUUAUUUUCGGACACAACGAGUUUUCGUCCAUAAUUAAUGUCUCUUAGUUUUCAGACAGUACAUUUUACAGCGCUAUUUUACCAAAUUUCGGUCCUGUUUUCGAUAUCUAAUGACACUUUGAUCAUGGGGUUUUACAACCAGAUUAACAUCAUAAAACAUGGCAGGUGCAUGCCUAAGGGCAACGGACCAUUACAUUUGCGUUAUUGGGUAAAUAACCUUGUAAACCGGUAUUAAACAAUGGUUUCGCCCGAUAGCUUAAGCGUUAUGACCAGGGGUAGCGCCAUUUAAAAGUUCAAUUAUCUACCGCAAUUGGACUACCCCUUCUCAGUAAAAUAACUGUGACAAAUAACAAACGCUUCAACGUUUGAUACACCCUAUUGCAAGUUAUACGAACAAUGGAAGGUGUUAGACAACAACUAUCGGAAAUGAACAAACAAAGAAUUCAUUUCUUUUCUUGUUGCAUUAAUUACAGGUUCAUUCUAGCGAGUAUCGGUAUAUCACAUGCUCAUCUUUGAACUCGUUGGUCAAUGUACAACCUUGUAGUAACUUUCUGUCAAAUUAAUUAAGCAUUUAAAAUUAUUUAAAAUGCAGUGCAAACAUAUAUAACUGUAAUUUAUACUUUACGGCAUGGUAUUUUACAAGCGUGUGCUAUAACCGGUAGUCGUUGAUACAAUUGACGCUAUUUUCGGACACUUAAAUUUUCAACUCUAAGUUUUCGGACACCUGUAUUUUGUGAAUAUUUUUAGUAUCUAAGUUUUCGGACACAAACAAAAAUAAUUAUUUUUAAGUGUCCGAAAACAUAGAGUAAUUACGGUAUUCAAGGUUAUUUUGUAAGUCAGGAAAGCUUUCAGUUCUCAAAAUUGAGGCAUUCUUAUUGUUUAUUAAUUUGUAUGUAUGUAAUAUUAUAACUACAUGUAUGUUCAUCACUUAUAUGUCCAUUCCACACUACAUGUAUUUAACAUAUUUAUUGUUAUACAUAUUGUUGUUAUAAUACAAAUUGUGCAGCCAGUAUCCGAAAUAAUGUUAUAAUUUUGUGAAGUUAUACUGAGGUAUAAUUUGUGUUACAGUUUUGUCUUUCAUCUCAAACACAUUUUUGUUCACUUUUUAUUAUGUUAUACCCAUACACAUUUUAUAUGUCAUAUAUAUGAGCCAUGCUGAAAAGGUGGUUUAAUGCAUGUGUGUAAAGUGAUAUCCCAGAUUAGCCUGUGCAGUCCACACAGGCUUAUCCGGGAUGACUUUUUUCGCCUAAACAAGGUUUUUGCAAGGAAGAGACUUUCUUUAAACAAAUACAUGUAAUAUCAUUGAAGCUGAAAGUGUCAUCCCUGAUUAGAUUGUGCGGACUGCGCAGGCUUAUCUAGGAUGACACUUUAUGUACUUGCACAGGCUUAUCUAGGAUGACACUUUAUGUACAUGCAUUAAGCCCCGCGGACUGCUCAGGCUUAUCUAGGAUGACACUUUAUGUACAUGCAUUAAGCCCCGCGGACUGCACAGGCUUAUCUAGGAUGACACUUUAUGUACAUGCAUUAAGCCCCGCGGACUGCACAGGCUUAUCUAGGAUGACACUUUAUGUACAUGCAUUAAGCCCCGCGGACUGCACAGGCUUAUCUAGGAUGACACUUUAUGUACAUGCAUUAAGCCCCGCGGACUGCUCUGGCUUAUCUAGGAUGGCACUUUAUGUACAUGCAUUAAGCCCCGCGGACUGCUCAGGCUUAUCUAGGAUGACACUUUAUGUACAUGCAUUAAGCCCCGCAGACUGCACAGGCUUAUCUAGGAUGACACUUAAUGUACAUGCAUUAAGCCCCGCGGACUGCACAGGCUUAUCUAGGAUGACACUUUAUGUACAUGCAUUAAGCCCCGCGGACUGCACAGGCUUAUUUAGGAUGACACUUUAUGUACAUGCAUUAAGCCCCGCGGACUGCUCAGGCUUAUCUAGGAUGGCACUUUAUGUACAUGCAUUAAGCCCCGUGGACUGCUCAGGCUUAUCUAGGAUGACACUUUAUGUACAUGCAUUAAGCCCCGCGGACUGCACAGGCUUAUCUAGGAUGACACUUUAUGUACAUGCAUUAAGCCUCGCGGACUGCUCAGGCUUAUCUAGGAUGACACUUUAUGUACAUGCAUUAAGCCCCGUUUUCACAGAGUGAGGCUCAUAUAAUAUAAAUUGUGGAAAAUAUUCUGAAAUAAUUGGUGUUUGGGUUCGUUAGUAAUGAUGAGUUGUUUGUCAUUUUGUCCUAUAUUCAACAACAGUUACUUUGUGUAAUGCAAUAAGCAAGCAUUUGUUAUUUGAUGUACUAAAAACAAUAAAAAGGUUUAUUGAA